CCACUUACUGAUCAUCUCUCAACGAAUAUAAUAUCUUUUACUGCGAAGGACCAGAGCGAUAAGAUUAGAAGAGGGAUCGACAUAAUUUACACGACAGAGACGUCGAUACUGGUUUAUAAAGCACGAAGAUUUUUGCCAUUAGGCUUUCAAUAAGCAAUCAUCGAUACGAGGGUCAUAACGACAACUCUCUUCAUUUCCAGUCUAUCUUAAAGAAAUUAGAAGACUGGAUCAUUAUAGAAGAAAGAACCGUUACUUUUUGCCAAAAUGGCUUCCUUGAGAGUGUUAGUCCCGUUGGCAUUAUUCGUGGUAAUAACUUUGGCUGAAUAUCCAUCACCGAAUACAUUCUUGGAUAACGAAGUUAUCCAGUAUGAGGAAAGUAAAUCAAGUUCUGAAGAAAGCAAAAAAUCUAAGGAUUUCAAGCCUUUUAUUGAUAUAGAAAAUUCUAAUUAUGCAGAAAACAAAAUUUACAGAUUGAAUAAUAAGUUUUACCCAGAUCAUUAUGACAUUCGAUUAAAAAUAAACUUAACGAAUUUAAGUGAAAAGAAUUACAGAUACCAGGGAGAGGUUAAUAUAACUAUGAGUGGAAAAGACACUACGCGAGAGAUCCAAUUACAUUUUGAUAAAUCAUUCCUCAAGUUGGACAAUAAAGAGGCAGUAAUAUUUAAUGAAAAGGGAAAGAAAAUAAAUGUUAAAAUAAGUGAAAUAAAUAAUACGAAUAUUUUGACAUUAAAAGCGGAUGAGGACCUCGUACAGUCACAAAAAUACGUUUUAAAAUUAGUAUAUGAAGGAAGAGUAAGCGAUAAGAAUCAUGGAUUUUAUAAGGGCUCUUACUUAAAUUCUGAAGGCAAAAUGAGAUGGUAUGUUGCAACACAUUUUGAACCAAUCGGUGCACGAACUGCAUUCCCGUGCUUCGAUGAACCAGCUUUAAAAGCAACCUUCAAUAUUUCGAUAACAUAUAAUAAGGGAUACAAAGCGAUUUCGAAUAUGAAUGGAGAAACGGUCCCAGUGGAAGAUGAUCAACAAAUGACAAGUUUCGAAAGAACUCCAAAAAUGUCUACCUAUCUCGUAGCAUACGCAAUAACUGAUUUUGAAUCGACUCCGAAAGAUAAGGUAAUGGUUUAUUCAAGACCUGAAGCAAUAAAUAUGACCAAAUACGCUGUAGAAGUUGGUAAGGAAGUGUUGGUAAAAUUGGAAAAAUAUACUGGUAUCGAUUAUCCAUCUACAAUUGGAAAGAUAGACCAAAUUGCUCUACCUUUAUUAUCAGCGGGUGCAAUGGAAAACUGGGGUCUCGUGACGUACAGAGAAACCACCAUUCUCUAUGACAAGAAUGUAAAUACAACUAUCGAGAGGCAACGAGUACCGGAUAUAAUCGCUCAUGAGUUUGCACAUCAAUGGUUUGGAAAUUUAGUCACUCCUGCAUGGUGGGAAGAUAUUUGGCUUAACGAAGGUUUUGCCACUUAUUUCCAAUACUUCAUCGUCGAUCAAAUCAAUCCUGACUGGCGUUAUAUGGAUCAAUUUAACGUACUAUCUCUUCAAAGUAGAGCAUUUGUUUAUGAUGCCAAUGGAAAAAAGACACGAGCUAUGAAUAGCAAAGAAAAGAACGAAAAUGAAAUUGACAAUUUAUUUGACAAUAUUGCUUACGACAAAGCCGCUGCUGUCAUCCGCAUGUUCUCUCAUGUUCUUGGAAAGACAAAGUUUCAGGAGGGUUUACAAAACUAUUUAAAAAAGAACAGUGUUGUGACUUCGGAAAACCUUUACAAAUCUCUCGAGCUUGUCGUAGACAAGAAGACUCUUCCAGAUAAAGUUACCUUGCAGCAGAUUCUUGAAAGUUGGGUCACCCAACCCGGAUAUCCAGUAAUUUCGGUGACUAAGGAUAAACAAGAAAAGAAGGUCACCAUAGAACAAAAACAGUUUUAUUUGGUAGAACCUAUAAAAAAAGAGACGAAGUGGUAUAUUCCUCUGAACUAUGUACAACAGGAAAAAGGAAAUUUCGAUGAUACUUCCGUUAUGUUAUGGUUAACACCUGACAAGAAGUCGAUAGAAAUUACAAAUAAUAUCGAAAAAGAAAGUUGGAUUAUCUUCAAUGUGCAACAAACCGGAUAUUAUCGCGUCAAUUACGAUGAGGAAACAUGGAACGAUAUCAUUGAUUACAUGAAACGUAAUUUCACGCGUAUACAUCCCUUAAACCGUGCUCAAUUGAUCGACGACGCUUUUAAUUUGGCACAAGCUGAUCUUUUGAAUAUCAAAAUCACUUUCAAUUUAAUCAAGUACUUAGAACAAGAAACUGAUUACAUCGUAUGGAAGGCAGCAUUCAACGGGUUGUCGAAGUUGAACAACCUAUUGGGGGGAACAAAAUUAAACAACGAAUUUUUGAAAUUUGUUAAGCCUAUUACUAAGAAAUUAUUGGACACUGUGAAGUUUCUUGAAAAUAAAAAUGAUACACAUCUAACAAAGCUUCUUAGGGUGGAUGCCGUAAAAUGGGCUUGUGACACUGAAUAUGAACCUUUCAAAACAUAUGCUACGGAAAAAUUUAAUCUGUGGUUAAAAGAAGCUAAAAAUGUUAAUACUAUUUCUCGAGAUUUGAAAAAAAUAAUUAUCUGUGGGGCCUUAAAGAAAGCCAACGUAAGUAGUUGGUCAUCUAUAUUGAACAAAUAUAUACUAUCUACGGAUUCUGAAGAGAAGGCAGUAUAUCUUUCAUCCUUGGGAUGUUCCUCAUCACCAGAGAUUUUGAAGAAAUUUCUCCAUAUAGCUGUUCAGAAAGAUUCUAAUUUCAAGGGACACCUCUCGGAAGUUUUCCGAACAGUAUACUCCAACAGUGCCAUUGGCGCAAAAAUUGUUCUUAAUUUCAUUAACACGAAUCUUAAUAAGUUGCAACUCUAUGACAAUAAGGAGAAUAUAAUGAAGUACCUUACCGAUCUUGCAAAGAAAAUUGCUAUUGAAGAAGAUGUCAAGAUGCUAAAAGAUAUUAUCUCUCAACUAAAGGACGCAACAUCAGAGGCCGAAUUAAACGAAAUUUUGGAUAUUGCAAAUAGGAACUACUUUUGGUACAAAUACAAUGAUAAAAACCUUCAGACGUUGUUCGAAGAAAAAAAUCCUUCAAAACCAACUUCAAAACCAAAUGGUGCUAAUUCUCUUAGCUUUAGCAUUGCUCUAAUAGCUGUAUCUUUAUUAAUCGUAAGACUUCGUAUGACAAAACUUAAAGCAUUACUUGCUUUGCUUUUACUACUGGCCAGAAAUUCAAGGACUCUUCCUCUCGAAGAUGAAAGUUCGAAGGAGAAUGAAAAUAUGGAAGAGGAACUACCCGAAGCUUCAUAUCGUUUAAGUAGCAACGUGGUGCCCAUACAUUAUGAUAUCAAAUUAAUACCGUAUUUGGAGGAGGAUAACUUCACCUUUGAUGGAGAGACAAACAUCCAUCUUAAUCUACGAAAAGUGACCCAGACUUUGGAUUUCCACACUAAAGAAUUAACGUUCGAUGAAACUGAGACGUAUGUAGAAAGGGAAGAUGGUCAGAAAUACAAACCGAUCGAUUUCACGUAUGUCAACGCAACGGAAAUCAUGACGAUGAGUUUCGAGAAAGUUAUGCAAGAAGGCCUGUACACGUUCCAUAUCAAGUUCACGGGUAUUCUCAACGAUGAAUUAUCGGGAUUUUACAGAAGCUCUUACACGAACGAUAAUGGCGAAAGAAUAUGGCUAGCAACAACACAAUUUCAAGCGACGUCCGCUCGACGAGCUUUUCCAUGUUGGGACGAGCCCUCUUUGAAAGCGACGUUCAACGUUUCCAUAAAACAUCAAGCGAACUACACAGCCCUCUCGAAUAUGCCGGCUUACGAGCGAUCGAUGAUAGACGAAAACGAUGGAAAGGUCUGGACACAUUUUCAAAGGACUCCCGUGAUGUCCACUUACAUCCUAGCUUUUGUCGUAUCAGAUUUUGUUAAAAUUUCGAAUGCUGAUGGUACGAUUAAUGUUUGGUCAAGAAAAGACGUCAUUUCUUUGAUCAACUUCGGUUAUGAAUUCGUUCAAAAAGCUGUUGUCCUUCUCGAAGAAUAUACGAACAGUUCGGUGCGCGUACCAAAAAUGGAUCAUGUCCUUAUUCCUGAUUUUCUUCAUGGAGCCAUGGAGAACUGGGGCCUCAUAACUUACUCCGAGGAAAGGUUCCUAUAUGAUCCGAAUGAAAAUUCUCUGAUAGAAAAAACUUGGACGGCAAUGAUCAUUAGUCACGAAUUGACGCAUCAGUGGUUCGGUAAUGUUGUCAGUCCUACUUGGUGGGAUCACAUUUGGUUAAAUGAGGGCUUCGCAUCGUUCUUUCAAUAUUAUAUCACCGACAAGAUCUUUCCAAGUUGGAAAUUGAUGCAAUCGUUCGCGUCAAGUAUGCAACAAAAUAGCUUUAGAAUCGACGUGCAUCCCUACGACGACCCCAUCGGUCGGAACGUGAGUAAACCUGAGGAUAUCGAGAAUCGUUUCUCCAGUGUACAAUACACGAAGACACCAUCAUUAUUGCGUAUGUUGUUGCACAUUGUCACUGACGAAGUUUUUCAUACCAGUCUCAUUAAUUAUCUUCAAAAAUACCAAUAUAGCAACGCUCAACCCGACGACUUAUGGUAUCAAAUUCAAAAUGGUAUAGAUGAGACACCAGAAAUACCACGCGGUAAAUUUCGUGUGAAAGAAAUGAUGGAUACUUGGAUAUAUCAAAGCAGUUAUCCUCUCGUAACAGCAAAAAGAAAUUAUAUCACUGGCGAGGUUACGAUCACUCAAGAAAUUGUUAAACAUCACGUUAGUACCGACAAUGUGACUUCGACUGACGAAAGUGAUAUAAGUAAGCGCAACAGAUGGUGGAUACCUAUAAAUUAUGCAACGAGGACGAAUAAUAACUUUUCGUCUACGCUACCUGUUUACUGGUUGGAUCCAAAGAAUGAUAGCAUUACUAUCAACGGUAUCGAUGCCGAUGAUUGGAUAAUAUUAAACGUACAACAAACCGGACACUAUCGUGUUAAUUAUGAUGACACAAAUUGGAUAAAGUUGGCUGAGUAUCUAAAUUCACCUGACUACGAAAAGAUACACGUUAUUAACCGAGCACAGAUCAUUCAAGAUUCUUAUAACAUGUUCAUUGAGAAGAAGAUGAAUUUAACGACAUUCUUAGAGUUGUCCAAUUAUUUAUCACGCGAAGUGGAUUAUAUUGUAUGGUGUCCAAUAUUCGACAUAUUUAUUGAAUCUAUAGAAUUUUUAUUAGAAACCACCGAGGGUAGCAAACUUAUUAAGCCAUAUAUUUUGAAUUUAAUGAAUAACAUCAUCGAAAGUGUGGGUUUUGAUUUUGAUGAUGAUGAUGAUUAUAUAACUCGAUUGACAAAAACAAGCGUUAGAAAGUGGGCUUGUCAUUUUGAUCAUAUCGGAUGUGUGAUGAAAGCCAAUACCGAAUUAAUAGCACUUUUGGAGUCUUCUGAGGAAAGCGAUUAUCCGUUUGAUCUGAAACAAUCGGUUUAUUGUUACGGAAUGAAUAAUGCAAACGAAUCUACAUGGAAUAAGUUUUUAGAAAUACAUAGGGGCGACACUAUGUUGAUUGGACGUUCUUUAGCUUGUAUCAAAAAUAUGUCUAUCAUUGAAAAUUAUUUGAAUACGAUUAUAGCGGAAAAUUCGUCCUUCACCACGGAAGAUUACUGCGAUAUUUUUGAAUCAUUAUUUUACAAAGGAUCAUAUACGACAGAUUUAAUGACUGAUUUCGUUAUGAAAAAUUGGAACGUAUUUAAUUCUCGUUCAAAUUUACAAACUGCUCUGUCUAAGUUUAUGAUAUUAUCAGCUACGAACAAGAAUAAGUUACAAGAGAUAAAAUCGUUUCUGGAAAAUAAAGAAAAGGAUAUGACGAAAUCUAUAAAGGAAAGAGAAAAAAUUCUUACGAGAAUCGAACAGUCUUUCGUUAAUUCCGUAAUUAAUUCUAUCCCAAAUUUAUUAAGAAAACGAUCGAAUAAAAUGUUAAGAAAGUUAAUAAAGUUACUCUUCGUACUUAUUACCAUCGAAGCAUUUUCUUUCCCAUCAGCAAACCAUAAAAAUGAUGCGAUUGAAAAUGAUACGAUCGUUUAUCGAUUACCAGCGCACGUUAUACCGAUACAUUACGAUUUGAAAUUGGAAUCGGAUAUCAUGCUGGGUGAUUUUAAUUUUACCGGUGAGACGGACAUUAAAAUCGAGGUUCGAGAGCCUACGAAGUUAAUAGUGCUAAAUUGGAAAAAUCUUAUGAUAAACGAAACGCAGAGUCAUUUGGAAAAGGACAAUGGCGAAUUACUUUCACCGAGGGAGCAUCGUUACGAACCGUAUAGGGAAAUGUUAACAUUCGUUUUUGACAAAAUCAUCGAUCCCGCGGUGUACACUUUACAUUUGGAAUUCUCUGACGUCCUUUCGACAGACUUAUACGGCUUUUACCGAUCCUCUUACAUCAACGAGAACGGCGAUACAACGUGGCUAGCGGUAACUCACUUUCAACCUAUCAGUGCACGUCGUGCUUUUCCCUGCUGGGACGAGCCAGCAUUUAAAACAACUUUUAACAUUUCCCUGAAACAUCAUGCCAAUUAUACGGCCCUUUCAAAUAUGCCAGUAUUCGAACGAUCGUUUACUGACGAGAAUAAUGAUAGAGUAUGGACUCGUUUCGAGAGAACUCCGAUCAUGGCAACCAAUAUCUUGGCCUUUGUAAUCUCCGACUUCGAACAUAUUUCUAUACCCGAGAGGAAUAUUACGAUCUGGGCGAGGAAAUCGAUCAUUCCAUCGAUACAUUUUUUACUCGAACUUAUUCAGAAAAUAGAUGAUGAACUGAACAAAUACAUGCCUAACAUUGUAGCGGUACCCAAAAUCGAUCAUGUUGCUAUUCCUGAUUAUAACAGUCACGCCACAGAAAAUUGGGGUCUUAUCACGUAUAGAGAAGAAUUACUCGUGUAUAAAGAAAACGAAACUACCAUGGAUCAGAUGGAUAAGAUUCUGAUGUUAAUUGCUCAUGAAUUGGCACAUCAGUGGUUUGGUAAUCUGGUUGGUCCACGCUGGUGGAAAUACAUGUGGCUGAGCGAGGGUUUUGCUGCGUAUUUUCAAUAUUAUAUAACGGAUAAGGCCUUCAAUGACACACGAAUGAUGGAUAAAUUUCUCUUAGAAGCUAUGCAAGAGAUUGCCUUCCAGGUAGAUAAGUGUCCAAAUCAAUUUCCGAUGAAUAACAAUGUUAGCAGCCCUUCUGAUAUUCCUUACAUCUAUUCUAUUAUUACUUAUCGUAAAGCACCGAUUGUUUUACGAAUGUUGUCGCAUUGUAUUUCUGAUGAAAUCUUCAGAGCCGGUCUUCUCAAAUAUAUUUAUGAAAAUAUGUACAAGACUACCGUACCAGACGAUUUGUGGCGAUCCUUGCAAAUUGUUUUGGACCAAUCAAAUGUGCCACACGAGGAUUUCGAAAUAAAAACGAUGAUGGCUACUUGGACAGAACAGGAAGGAUAUCCUACGAUCGUCGUGGAUCGAGAUUACGAUACCGGUACGGUACAAGUGCGACAAUUUAGUAGUAAAUCAUGGAAUGUAUCUAAUGAAGAGUGUUAUAACAAAUGGUGGGUCCCUUUGAAUUUUGCGACCCAAACUAAUCCUAAUUUUUCAUCCACCUUGCCGACACACUGGUUGAAUCCAUCGGAGGACACGAAAACGAUCAAAAGUUUGCCUAAGGAUGGUUGGAUUAUUGUUAAUAUUCAACAAACUGGUUAUUAUCGCGUGCAAUACGAUCAAGAGAACUGGAAGAGAAUAGCACGCUAUUUAAAUUCCGAUGAUUACAAAAAUAUACAUGUUUUAAAUCGCAUUCAAAUAAUCGACGAUGCAUAUAACAGCGUAAUGGCAAAGGAUAUGCCUAUCUCUAUCUUUAGAAUGAUAAUAAAUUAUCUGUCGCAAGAAACCGAUCCAAUAGUAUGGAGAGUUGCGUUUCGAUUAUUUUCAAAGAUUGAUUAUUUCAUUCAGACUCCUAGGACUGCUGCUAUUCUCAAGCCGUAUUUACAGCAUCUUCUUAAUGAUAAAUUAAAAGAUAUGGAUUACAAUGAUAAUCCAGAAGAAGAUUCUUGGACGAAAAGAAUGAAACAGAUUAUUAAAUACAUCGCUUGUAAAGUCGACAUUCCUGAAUGUUACGGAAAUGCCACAGCUCAAUUAGUUGAAUAUCUUGAAAAGCCAAAAUCGAUAAUUAUACCACCAGAUUCACAACACUGGGUCUUCUGUUAUGGAUUACGAAAUGCGAACGAGUCUAUAUGGAAUGGAGUUUUAAAUAAUUACGUCAAAGAUCGAAAAACACAAUUGUUAAUAUAUCUCACGUGCUCGGAGAAUCGGACUAUUCUAGAAAACUACUUAGUUAUGAUCUUUUCUGAAGAUUCUCCGAUUUCUAAGUAUGAUAUCGAAGUUGUAUUACACCAAAUGAUGGUAACAUCGGAGAUCAGCCUCGAUACACUGGUGGAUUUCAUUAGCAAGAAUUCAAAUGAAAUAUCUUCUAAAACGGAUAGAAUAGAUGAUAUUCUUGAUUCUAUUUCAUAUAGAAUUACUACGAGAGAACAACUGAAAAAGAUGAUAGCUAUAUUUGCAUCUAAAGGGAAGCCACUGAACGAAAUGAUAUAUUAUCUUGAAACGAAGUUGACCCACAUUGACGACAUUAUACCAAUUUUGCAAGAGUUCGCUCAAACUGCAGCCGAUUAAUGUAAAAUGGUCUUACGACAAAUAAAUCCAUCGAAAUAUCUAUCUACCUCAA